UGGCAAUGCGACAGUUCCAACACAGCAAAUAUUAACGUUUGGGGUGUAAAUAAUUCACGGUUCUCUGUCGUACAAUUGUCAAAGUUGCGUUGUAUGCCACACAGCGAAGGAACACAAUGGACGUUUGACACUGUCACACUCCGGCUCCUCACCUCUCCUCAACCUCCUCGAUAAUUUCGUGCCAAUUAACGCUUGAAACAGGAGUGGAUAUAAAUCUUAAGAAAACGGACAAGUGCGCGCAUGUAUCAGAUCUUGUUUAAGAUUCCAGAUAUAAUUGAAUAUAUGCCGACGAAAUUUUGUCAACGCCCGUAAGUUGUGAUCAUCAUGGAUCUGUCCGGGCGUUUAUAGGUGUUUAAUUUUUUUUAUGAAAAGAUGUUAAUUGGUUUUACGAUUCUACAGUAAAAUGCUCAGAUGUGUUAUUUUCAAAGAAUAUUCAUGUGCAUACCAUAAAGAUAGUUUAAUUUGAAACGCGUCACUCGUGCCAUCAAUAUUAAAUGAGGAGUGGGUGCUUGUGGAAAUUUAAACAAGUGAAAAGGGACAAUAAGAAGAUAGGACGGAUCAUACCGGUAAGUUCCACGGAUGUAGUAGCAACGCAAUCAGGUUCUGUCCGCCCUUCUGCGCCCUACAAACACACGGAAGGACGCACUUAAGAUGUUAUAUUUCAAAUUAUUAUCCAGGCGUUGAUAUUCAUGUUGUGCAAAACACGUUGGGAAUAGGACAGUGCUCGGCUUGAGUGGGCCACGUCGCAACGAGGAACCCAUGUUAUACGGAGCGAAAGUUAGAUGUUUGAAAUCGUGGGAUGUUAUUGAUUUUGAAGCGUAUUGUUUUGCUAGGAUUUAGACAUGAACCAUGCUUAGAGGAAGGUGUGACUUCGUACAGAAUAUUGGCAAAGUAAGUUUUAAUAUCAUAACACGUUAGUCCUGUUGUCUGCAGGUGUGAACGUUACACAGGUCACGACUGGAUAUGGCGCCAGAUGUUAUCCGUUGUUGGAACGAUAUUAGGCACAGGUGCUGAGGAUUUAUGUUAUAACAAAGAAAGGAUUCAGCGCAGGGGGCUGCUACAAUGUGCGAGUACAGGUGCUACUCUGUUGUUAUUUGUGCCAGUUUGAAAUGACCCGUGAAAUUGAAUGAUGGGACCCACUUACCUAUUCAGGUAACAAUCGGGAAUGGUACAGAUUUGUAAUUAUAGUAGUUUGAUUUUCGCAGGUAACGUAACGGUUUUGUUGAUCGUUUCCAUGACAACGGAUUAUUGGGAAUAUCGUGGAUUUAACUCGACAAUGUUAAAUAACAGUUUAUAUGGAGCAAGUAACACGGAGUUGAUGCGCCCUGCAGACACCAACUCGUACAUGGAGUUAUGGUACAAACGAAAGUUUGUAUACAACACCAUGGCCCGCUAUCACAACGAGACUCUAUACGAACCCCCGAUAUUUGCCAUGAACUUUUUCCACAAGCAUCCUCAGGACCGGACGAAUGUUUCGGGGUCGAGAACGGUCCCGUACAAGGACUCCCGAAGGUCAGGAGACAUUCACGAACACAUGAAAGCCGGAGUCGUCAUACUUUUCCAACAAUACGGCAAUCUGUUCAGGGAUUGUGAUGCACUAGAAGAGGGUGUUCGUUUACGACUUAACUUGAUGCAAGAACGUAAGACAAAGUGUGAAUAUCUGAGUGGUCGUGAUGGACUGACUGCACUGGACACCACGCAGCUGUACGCCGUUCCACACUUGGAGAGAGCUGCAAGCGCUUUCGCAUUGCUAUGCAUGUUGUCCAUGGUAACGGGUCUUGUGACGGGCGGAUACGGGUUACUAGGACGACAGACCCGGGUGCUGGUGCUUGCUUCGUGCUGUUCUCUCGUCGCCGGUCUGCUGUUGACGUUGUCUAUUGCCCUGUUCCAUGGAAAAUGUCACAUCCUACGCCGGACGGAAAUACUAGCUGGCUACCUCAUUCCACACAAAAAGGUCAUCAACGCGUCUCGGACUUACAGCUUCGGCUGGUCUUUCGGGCUUGCUUGGAUUUGCGUAUUUCUGUGUUUUACGUCAUCAUUUGUGUGGCUGUACAAGGCACAAGAUCCACGACACUCCCGGAGCCCAGGUUCUAACUACGUCAGACAUAGAACCUACACUAGUCCUGAUUACGUCACAUAUAUGGACGAAAAUGAUAUUUUUGAAUGAAAAUUCUACUUUAAGAAUUGUUUUUCUGUGUGGAGACAAACAAUUUUUUUAUCUUCUUUUUUUUAAAAAAUAUCUUAUGAGAUUUACGCAUGUGAAAUGAGUGAGUUUUUUUGAAUAGGUAAUACUUAAUGCAAUACAUUUCUCUUAUUCUGCUUCGCACUAUAUAAACAAAGACAAACAUAUUGACAGAAUCAUGACAGAAUUCGUUUUCCAUACAUCUAUUUGUAUUUACAUACACAUAUCGUUAUGAUAUUUCAUAAGUCCAAGUUUAUUUGUGUAUAUUAGCAAUAUUGGGUCUCAUUGUCCAACAAUUAUAGACACAAUACCAUCAACAAGACAAUGAUACUCCCGUAUAAAAAAAUAUUUUAUCAUAACACAGUGUACAUAAAAACUAACUAAUGUUGUGAAAAAUCAAAAAAAUAUAAUCUUGUACAUACUUUUAUUGACUGCAAUUAAUUUGAAGAUUAUUAUAUAUGAUUGAUAUGAGAAUAAUCAAACAACUUUUUUUCUAUUAUAUAGCAUUUAAAAGAGUGUGUUUUUGGUGUAAGUUUGCCGUUAUCCCCAUACAAAGCUCGCCGACGUUGCUGCGUUUGCGAGACUACCGUUUCAUCAGGUCAACAUAUAUGUCAGAAGCAAUAAGUUUCAAAUAAAGACUUGUCAUUUUUUUCAUUUAUCUUAGAUCGAAAUUUUAAAAAUGCAUUCUGUUUUUAUUACCAGCAAUUAUAUUUAUUACCGAUGCUAGUUGUGUCUUUAUCGACAAUAUUGACUGUUUGCUUUAAAAAAAUCUCGAGACUGCAGUCCUGUCGAGAAAUUUUCUGCCAUGAUAAAUUUUGAUUAUAAAAAAUAAAUUAAUUGUGAGUGUUAAAUGGCAUUUACAAAACAUUGAAUGAUAUUUGUUAACAUUUAGUUUCGAUUUUUUAUACCAGAAGUGCGGGCAAAUGAAUACAUUCCGAAAUGCAUCAAUUCUCGCGUAUCCGUUGAUAAUUUUCAGGUGCCGUAUUUGCCCUUAACUCAUUCUCCCCCGAAGACACAUUUGAGCUCUUCUAUUCCAAAGAUUGGAAUAGUUCAUUAUGAAAUUUUAGGGGUGAACGAGUUAAAUACCAUAUUUUUAACGGUGUAGCAGUAUGGACUCUUUUUGAAAAAGUACAAUCCUUUCUGAUUACAGGGCAAGACAGUAAAUUUUAAAUUGAAAAAUAAUCGACAAUCGAAAAGAUGAAAAACUUUUAAUGUCUGGACUGCCUCUUUCAGAUGUUCGACAACAACCUAAAACUGUCUCGUUUCCCAAUCAAAAUAAGGGGGAAAUCAUAAUACGUCGAAAUUAUUUUCUUACUUAAUUUGUUUGAGGUUAGUUGAAAUUAAAGAAAUUGUGUAACACUGUACCUGUUACAAGUGUGAAAAGGCCUAAGAUUAAUUUCAAGUAUUGGUGUUUUUUAACUUAUUUUGCUUCACUGACAACUGUCAAGCUGUUUAAUGCUAGAGAUGGGCCGAGUAUGUGAGUUCUUUUGAGAAUGAGAUGUCAUUUCUAUAGUUCUAUGCACAGCUGUGUCGCUGUAUCCAUGGUUCAUGGCUGAACUAGACUUUAAAUUACAGCUGUAUCACCAUAUCCACGAUACCGGGCCACACAAGACUUAAAUAAGUAUCCUUGGCCAAUUCAAGGCCGUAUUCGACCUCGAUAUACGACCGCGUUACCGUAUGCAUGGUGCAGGGCCGUACAUGGUUUGCAUGUACAACUGUGUCACCUUAUACAUAGCAUUGGGCAGUACAAAACUUAAAUUUACAGCUGUGUCACCAUUUGCAUGGUACCGGGCCGUGCUGGAUUCAAUGGACACCUGUGUCAUCAUAUUCAUGUUACCGGACCGUAAUGGAUUCAAUGAACACCUGUGUCACCAUGUACAUUGCACAACUCUGCCAUCAAAUCCAUGUUACCGGACCGUACUAGACCUUUGUAUGUUCCGGACUCAAAUAGAACACGCUGUUUACACUUGUUACCGUAUGUCCCUGGUAUACUGGCCGUACUUAACCCAAAUGAAAGCAUGAAAUCAUAUGCAUAGUACCGGUCCGUACUAAACGUCAAUCUACAGCUGUGUUGAUCGUGAAGUCAUGGUACCGGGCCGCAAUGGAUACAUGUGUGCACAUAUAUAUUAGUAUCCAUGAAACUAGGCCAUAGAAAAGCUAAUUCUGAUAAGUGUGUCCUUAUAUACAUGUUACUGGGCCGUAGCAGAUAAUUGUGUGCGCAUGCGUUACCGUAACUGAGGUUCCGGCUACUGCAUUACGUAGAAUUAUAUAUGUACGCAUGCGUUACUAUAUUAAAGGUAAAGUGUCGCUCAUCGACUACCAAAGCUAUGCAUUCAUUCAUUAAACGUGAAAAUGAUCGAGAGAGGGAGUGAGGGGGCAAAGGUACAACAGAAGAAAGACGGAGCAAGGGGAGAUAGUAAUGAAAACUAAAGAAAGCGCGAGAAAGAUAUAUGGCGGUAGCGAGAAAGGGGAGUUUUCAGCGAAAGAGUGGGCAAGUCAAAGGGUGAUGGUGGCCAGUUGCUCAAAUCUUCCAUUAAUUACACAUGUAUUUUCUUUUUUGAUUUUUAUAAGAUUGUUAAGAUUAAGAAUGCCAUUAAAAUUGAUGAA